ACUCAGUCAGGGUUAUUUUCGUAAUUUCCUGACGCCUGUCUGUAUAUAUCAGCUGCCUCCAAAACCCUAAAACUACCAAACUUCCUCCAAAACCCUAAAACAGCCGCGCCAAAGGUGAAUUGAGUUUCUUGAGCAAGCAAUGGCUCCUCUUGCUAAAGCUGGUGCUGCAAAGAAGGCUGAUCCCAAGGCGCAGGCCUUGAAGGCUGCCAAGGCAGUGAAAUCGGGUGGAUCAACCUUAAAGAAGAAGACCAAGAAGAUCCGAACAUCCGUCACAUUUCAUCGUCCAAAGACCCUGAAGAAAGAAAGAAACCCCAAGUACCCUCGUAUCAGUGCGCCCCCGAGGAAUAAGCUAGACCACUAUCAGAUUCUCAAAUAUCCCCUCACGACCGAGUCUGCCAUGAAGAAGAUUGAAGACAACAACACUCUGGUUUUCAUUGUUGACCUCCGUGCAGACAAGAAGAAGAUCAAGGCCGCAGUCAAGAAGAUGUACGACAUUCAGACCAAGAAAGUGAAUACUCUGAUCAGGCCUGAUGGAACCAAGAAGGCAUAUGUGAGGUUGACGCCAGACUACGAUGCCUUGGAUGUAGCAAACAAGAUCGGCAUCAUCUAAUUCUGAGAUCUCGAGUCAUCUUUCUUGGUUUAGAGGUCUUGUUUUUUAUUUUUGGUAAUUUGGUUUUUUAAGUAGUCUUAUGCAGUUUUGGUUGGAACCUUCGGAGAGAGAGAUUGGUUUACUUAUUGAAGAAAAUGUUGUUUUUUCUUUUGCCAGAUUUGAUGAUCUUUCCAAUCAGUUUUUUUUUUUUU